UUUUUUUUUCCUCUCGAGGGGAGGGGCGGGGGGAAGGUAAACCACCCACCGCUCCUCCCGACGUCCUGAGGCUGCGGCUGUAUCGCUAAUGAAGAGCUCAAUUUAGCCAGUGACGUGCCUUCGAGCCGAACCGUGCGCUCUGACUGGCUGAGCGCGCCGCUGACAUCACGUCGUCCGGCCGUUGAUUUGCCGCUGUCUCUGAGGCUCCGGGGCGAGAGGCUCGACCAUGGGCUCCUGCACUUAGCCACAGACGGAGCUAGCGCCGCAGAGAGAGAGAGCAAGAGAAAGAACGAGAGCGAGUAGACAGAGUGGGCGAAGGGGGGCUGCUUUUGGGAGCUCGCUCGACGCAGCAGCCGGCACAGCCAAUGCAGCCUAUGGUACUAUGGAAACUAAACCUCUGACCAAUGGAAAUAAUGAAGGCUACAAUGUGGCAGGUUCCUGAAGGGCAUGAACGCCUCGUCUGCGGCCAGCGCUGUUCUGAUCUGGAGCCAGUGCUGGUGACAGGGACAUGGGCCUCUUCCUCAGGGCUUCCAGCACGCUCAGCACAAGCGACGACCUGGUCCACAGCACCACUGAAAGGGACGCCAGGGCGGCGCCAACACAGGCCCAGCACGCAGCGGAACAUUGGGAGACGAGCGAAACUAUGAGAGGUCUGGAGGCUGAGGACGGCAACUCCGUGCCAGGGGGUGACGGCCUCAGCAAGUCCGAGAGGCGGGAGCAUGUUGAGCCCGACGGGGACGAGAACUGCUGCGACGAUAAGAGCGAAACAAAGCGCCAAAUGCCCGGACAGAGCGCGAAGCGGCCCAAGUCUAACGCAAAGUUAAAGUUAGUUCGGAGCCUGGCCAUUUGUGAAGAACCCUCUCCUCCCCCAAUUACCUCUGAACCACCGCCAGAACAUCAGGAUGAGAUUCAAAUCAAGCUCUCUCAAUCCUUCGACAAAGAGGACACUCCAGCCGGGAAAAUCGAGGAUGACCGAGAGAAAAGUGCAGACAGGCUGGAGAAAUUGGAGAGCAUGCAACGGAAGAUGCUGUCAAGAGAUUCCAGUCAGGAAUACACCGACUCCACCGGCAUCGAUCUGCACGAGUUCUUGGUUAACACACUGAAAAACAACCCCAGGGACAGGAUGAUGCUGCUGAAGCUGGAACAGGACCUCCUCGAUUUCAUCAGUAACAACGAGAGCCAGAGAAGAAAGUUUCCUCCCAUGACCUCCUACCACAGAAUGCUCCUGCACCGAGUAGCUGCUUACUUUGGCUUAGACCACAACGUCGACCAAACUGGAAAGUGCGUGAUCAUCAAUAAAACCAGCAAUACGAGAAUACCAGAUCAGAGGUUCUCCGAACACAUCAAAGAUGACAAGACAGACGAUUUCCAGAAGCGGUACAUUUUAAAAAGAGACAACUCCAGCAUGGACAAAGAUGAUAACUUGAUGCGAAUGAGGUUAAAGGACGACAGGAGGAGUAAAUCAAUAGAAGAACGUGAGGAGGAGUAUCAGCGGGCGAGAGAGAGAAUAUUCGCUGACGGUCUGGACGGGUUCCCGCUUGAUAAAAGGAUCCACGAGGACGACGCUUGCAACACCACUCAGCAGAGGCGGCAGAUCUUCAGGUUGAAACAUGGCCGCUCGGGGAACGGGACCAGCCGCCAGAGCAGCUCGGAGACCGAGGCGCGUUCCUCUGAGCCGCGGCCGUGGAGCAGCACCGACUCGGACAGCUCUAACCGCAACCUGAAGCCGGCCAUGACCAAGGCGAGCAGCUUCAGCGGCAUCUCGCUGCUCAUCCGAGGAGACAGCUCCAGCAGCGGCAAGAGCGCAUCGCGCCUCUCCAAAACCGGUUCUGACUCUUCUAGUAGCGUAGGUUCAUCUACAGGCUCGCUCUCCCGCUCUCUGCCUCCCCCUCCUAUGGCCCCGUCCCUAAUUCAGCCGGGCCACGCUGCGCCCUUGGCCUAUCCGACCGUCAGCGCUAGUAGCGGUGUGUCCUGCGACGCCGGCAGGAGCGCCCCGACAACCGCGACUAACACUAGCUACUAUUUGCUUCCCCUGGAAGCGGCUGGAAUUCCGCCCGGGAGCAUCCUGCUCAACCCACACACAGGUCAACCCUUUGUGAACCAGGAAGGCAGUACCGUAGUCUACAGCCCUAACGUGGCUCCUCAGGCUUCCAGGCUCCAGCAACCUUUGCCUCCUCCUCCUCCACCUCCACCACCUCUACCUCCCGGUCCCCACCAGCAUCAAUCCACCAAUCACGUCAUGUCCCAGCCUCUCUGGUCCGUCCAGCCCUCCGCUCAGCCUGUGCAGUACUCGGCGGUGUCUUAUCCACCACAGCUCCUCUCCAUCUCCCCUAACCAACAGUACACUGUGCAAGACAACCUGAGCGCCCAGUUCAGCCACAUGAGCCUGGCGCGGCAGGCGUCAGGUGAUGCCCGCGAUGCCCACACUGCCAUGUUUCCGUCCUCCGUGGUGCUCCAGGCUCCUCCUCCUCCCCCUCAGCAGGCCGGCUACAUGGUGCCCACACCCGGGCAGAGCAUGCCAACCCCAUCCUACUCCACUCCUGCGCCAGGCUCGGUGCCCGUCAGCCAGCCGGUGAUGCAGCAGCAGGGCUACAUGCAGCAGCCUAUGCAGCAGAUGCAGUGUUACUGUGCACCAGGCCAGUACCCUCUCUCUGGCCAGCAGUAUCGGCCAGUUGGCACGGUGCAGUACAAUACCCCUCAGAGCCAGCCGAUGCCUCCUCCUCCUCCUCCUCCCGCUCCUACCCAACAGCCAGGUUACCAAACUGUGAUGCCAAAUCAGCAGCCGAGCUACCAGAGCGUGGUGCAGCAGCAGCAGCAGCAGCCGCCGAGUCAAAUCCUGGUCAGUGGCCAACAUAGCAAUAUGGGAAAUCAAAUGCAAGGCAUGAUGGUCCAGUAUCCCUCAAUGCCAUCUUAUCAGGUAUCCAUGCCCCAAGGAUCCCAGCAGACAUAUCAGCAGCCAGUCAUUAUUCCGAGCCAGUCGAGCCAUGCUUCCAGCAUUCAGGUCUACUACAGUGUUAUUCCACCAAAUCAACAGAACGCCAUGAGCUCCACAGUGGGAUUCCUACCCCCUCCGGGCACGGAGCAGAUGCCGUUCCCUCGCACGUCCUCCCCCUGCAGUUCCCAACAGAUUCCCUCCCAGCAGUGCUCAGGCGUUCCUCCUCCUCCUCCUCCAGGAAGUGGCAUGGUGAUGAUGCAGCUCACGUUACCUCCAGGCCAGCAGCCGCGGCCGCACUCGCCUCCGCAGUGGAAACACAACAAGUACCACAGUCUGGACCAUCAACGCAGCCAGAAAUCCACCGGCGUCUGCACUCUGGACGCAUCCCAAAGCAACACGCAGCUUGGCAGCCCGUCCACAUCCCCGGCACAGUCUCCCGCUCCUUCCCACCUGACCAACGUCAAGAACGUCCGCCCCGGCCUCACUUCGCUUCCCAUCAUGCCUCAGUUCUCCAGACCCGUUGUCCAGGGGCAGGGUGAUGCGCGGUACCCUCUCCUCGGUCAGCCUCUUCAGUACAACCCUCAGAUUCGUCCUCCUUUGCUCCACGCUCCAUCCAUGGUCACUAAUCACCAAGGCCCCGUGGGAAUUCGGCACAGCGGUCGAGGCAGGAAGGGGCCCAGGAAGGCUCUCUCGACAGAUCUCAGUUGAGUGGGCAAGUCCAGGUGGUGAUGGAUCUGCUCGACGGCAUCAGCCAUGCACCUGCAGGGGACUCUGUGGCUCUCUGAGCGGGCGUUCGUGCCUGGCCUGCUUUUCCUCUUCUUUUUGUUCAUACUUGUCCUCUGAGCAAUCCUACACCAUCUUGUCCACGGUGCCCUCCAGACACUGCGUCGCAGGGGGGCAACAUGCCACACUGCCCGGCCUCGCCCCCCUCAGCAGAAGACAAGCGGAGCGAGCCAACUCUCAGUGAGAGUGUUACCUGUAACUGACCCCUACCAUGACCCUUACAGCACCAGCACAUUCUCUUUCUUUCUUUCUUUCUUUCUUUCUUUCUUUCUUUCUAUCACCCACUUUUCCUUCUAUUUUUCUGUUUUUAUGGUGAUGUUUUGAUUCUUGAGUUAUAGAUACUCACAGAGGGUAUUUUGAGAAAAGGAAGAAAAAAAAAGUCAGGUCACGUAUAUAACGCCAUUUAUAUCUAUUUGACUUGGAACUCAUCAAAAUGCAACGUUUUAUUAUUUCUUUUCUUGUUUUUUUAAUUA